UCAUCAGCAGUUGGUUUAUUUUAUUUUUUUAACGUUUUUUUAUUUUUAUUACAGGAUCCGGGUCACCAGCCGUGCGCGCAUUCCUCAGCAGGAUUUGCGCAUCUCCAAUUGCAAACUGUUCUCGGCUCUCCGCCAGAGCGUUCUUGUGUUCAUGUCCGCGCCGGGCAGAGAGCUCUCAUAGUCAUGCUCGAGAGGCGACCCGCGACGCGUUUCUUCUGACGUGCUUGUGUUUCCCCCGAAAAACAAUAUGGAACAACAUCUCUCCAAACCAGAAUGCAAAAACAUGGAUGCGUGUCUGAGGCGACUGAAGCAAGAACUGGUGUGUAUGAAAGAAGCCGGAGAUGGCCUCCACGCUCAGAUGAAUUCAAUGAUGGGAGCCCUCCAGGAACUCAAGCUCCUUCAGGUUCAGACGGCGCUAGAAAACAUUGACAUUUCAGGCCGGCUUAUUAAUCGAGGACUGCCACAUCCAGCUCCCACCGAAGCGUCAGCUGCAGCGGCUUCCACCUCCUUCCAGGACCACGGGUCCUGCUUUAGCCAGACCACGCCCGAGGAGCCGCGGCCGAGCCCCAUGCAGGGUCCGAGGCCGUCUCUGGAGAGCAGAAACGCCUCCAGCCGAGAUGACAGGACCCUGUCUCGAAACAGAAGCAGCCUGGGAACCUCGUCUUCCUCAGCAUCCAGCUUUGAGAGUGAGAGUGAGCGAAGUGGAAGAAGUGAACGGAGCGCACGAAGCGUGAGAAGCGAGAAUGAUAUUGAGUCUAUACCCAAGAGGUGGUCCGGAUACUCCGCUCCACAGGUGGAUUUCUACGGACCAAUGGUGGGAAACCCUCCACCGGAGGCCUACACCCAGCCACAGGCUCCCCAUCGGGCUCUGGCGGUGGACCUGCCCGGCAUCCUGUACAGCCUCUCCAGAGAGGGCCCUUCCCUGGACAGCGGCUACUCCCAGGAAAGCACCGACGACGGCAGCGACUGGACUGCUUCGCUCAUGAGCCGCAGCCGCAACCGCCAGCCCUUAGUGCUGGGCGACAACGUCUUUGCAGACCUCGUGGGCAACUGGCUGGACUUGCCCGAGGUGGAGAGGGAGGAGGGGGAAGAAGAGGAGAAGAUAGCGGACGGAGGGGUGGAAAGACCGGACACCCCAGCUCACCCUCUCCGCCUCAGCCGCUCGCAAGAGAUCUGCAAGAAGUUCUCGUUGACCACGAACAUCUUCAAGAAGUUCCUGCGCAGCGUUCGACCCGACAGGGACAAGCUGCUCAAGGAGAGGCCCGGCUGGAUGGCUCCUGAGCUGUCAGAGGGAGACCUCUUCAAAAGGCCAAAGAAAGUGGCUCCCAAAAGUUCAAAAGGCAGCUUCUACCUUCCCUUCUGGGCAAACGGACAGCAGGUCAAAGGCAGGCCGUGUUCUCAUCUCGCUGAAGCAGAGAGGAGCCACCAACACCACUUCUCACAGGUCCACCAGCAGCCAUUUGCUGGGAUGUAUUUAGACAGGAGACAGCCAGAGACGGGUCUGCAGAAAAUGCACCCCUUGUUUGACUACAACACAGCUGUGUGGGUCUGACAGACUGCCAGUGAUGCCAAACUGAGAGAGGGACAGGUGCUGGUGGGAUUUUGGGCUUUACUGGAGGGGGAUUGAGUGGAUGAAAUGGUUGGAUCCAGUUAUCAUCCAAAAAUGAACCCAUGAACUUCACACCCACAACAAGAUUAUCAGGGCAACAUUUUGUCUGAGAAUCCUCAAAACCUAAACCGUGUUAGUUGUGUGCGUCUGGGUGGGUGAGUGUGUGCUGCAGAGUGUCUGAGACACAGUUAGAUUGAGACAUUUUUUGAAGACUUAUGCUGCAAGUUUUGUAUUAUUCAACGUUCAUGUUAUGUGUGUGCGUGUGCAUGUCUGACUGGGUUCUACAGAUGUCCUGGAAGACGGUACUUUGAUACGGACAUCUUCCUCAGAAUGUCUUCCUCAUUAGAGAUCCUUAUCAACGAAUCCACAGACUGCAGGACUCUAUAUCUCACUUCUUUGCAUCUAUGAAUAGAAACACCAGCUGUUGGAUUGCAUGGUUAUCGUUCUUAUAAGCGAUGCUACAAACAGCUGUUACUGAACGCACUGCCACUGAAAACAGUCAUAAGCUCACUUCAGUUCCCUUCAGGCCUCGGCGCAUUGGAAACUCAGGUUUAACUGAACCCAUCGCAUUCACCUUGCUCAGGGAAUGAAUGUUACACAAGAGUUAACUAUGAGACACUUCCGCUUUUCAAUGGGUGUUCAACACAGUUUCGAGAAGUCGUGCCUCAUCUCUUCUUGCCUGGAAAGACACAACAGCAAUACAGUGCAUGUCUACUUCAAACAUUGCACAUUCAACUUUGAUAUUCCUCUCUAGUAAUCCGAAAUAUUGGUCUUGUUUGAAAUGCUUGUUUUUCUUUUCUGCCAUACAGACAUGGCACAUGUUGGGUCAACUGUCAGUCCGCAGAGAGACGAGGGGGUAAAGAUGGCAGAGUCAACCGCGAGGACUGGCCGACUGACAUCUGGUACCCGGUCAUUAUGUAACGCGUGUUCGACACAACCCCCUUAGAAGUUUAGAAACUGGCUUGUUUAAUCAUAAAGCUAUGAGC